CAGUUGCACACAUCAAGCUUGGGGCCCUACUGUAUGCCUGAAAUCGAAUCAAAAGACGAGAGGUAGACUACCAUCCAAGCGCAGAUACACCUUGAUCGACUCCAUAGCCUCCUUCUCCGAUCCAUCCACCACUCAUAUCAAUCCGUGUGCCCAAGCCUCCCGCUUCUCUCGCUCUCUCCCUCUUUUCUCUCUUGCAUCUUCUCCUUACUUAUAAUUCACAUCUUCACUCAUCAUAACCAUCUCCAACCAUGGCAAUGUAUAUGCCCUCAACCGCAUCUUCGACGACACACAUUAGGUCUCCCUCUGGAACCCCCAUAGACUCUCCACACGAGAUGACUCGAUCACCAUCCGCCGAGCCAAGCAAGCCUGCCAAGCGGAAGGGUACUCGUAGCGUCUCGACUUUGACGCCGUCCCAACUGGCUAGGAAGAGGGCAAACGACAGAGAAGCACAGAGGGCCAUUCGUGCGCGGACAAAGGAACACAUCGAACGACUCGAAAGGGAGGUCGAAGAGCUCAAGAGCAAGCAGAACCGCGACGAGACCCUCCAAGAACUCAUCAGGAAGAACAAGUACCUUGAGAAGGAGAUUGCCAGGCUGCGCGAGACUUAUGGCAUCCCCACCCCGCCAACAUCUCACCCAUAUGCGCCGUCCAUCUACGACGACUCUGCAGUUUCCAGCCGGACAUCAUCAUCUUUUGGGCAACAUUCGCCAGACUACCAUCAGGUCGGAGAGUAUGGAGCUUCCUACAUGACAACCCCCGAGCCUUCCGAACCGUGGACAUCAGUCUUACCUUGCUCCAAUGUUUCAAGCCCAGCAUCGUCCGGAAGUGCAGAAGAAUACGGAUACAUCCCGACCAGUGUUCCCGCCGGAAUUGAAGGACUCCCUCCCACGUCGCGUGUUGGUGCCUGCAUGAAAUAUGAGGAUAUGGAUAACGAAAACGGAUACCCCCGAAGCAACGGCGUCCCGAUGCCCCCAACCUAUAUGCACCAGCAGCAGUGGCCCGUACCAUACAGUGCAACCGUUUACUACCCCCAAUCGCCGGCUCUCUGAGCGGCUAAGGGUCAUUUGGCUCCCCUCCGUCGCUGGUGAGGAGCCAAGUCGGGACCGGAGAUGUUAAAUAGUGUUAGCCGCCACCGUGUCACGACAAUGGUCUCACAAAAUCAAUCCGGCGACGCCCGAAAUGGGCAAAAACUUGAAUUCAAAGAGACGAAAGCGAACGACGAAUUGGACGACAGAGAACAUCGAACCCGACCUCCUUCGACUCGACCCAGUCAUCAUUUCGGUUGAUCAAGAAAUUAUUCUAGAAAACCCAAACGCCGGUUUUCGAGACAGCAUUAGCCAAUUUUCUUGCUCAUUAACCCGAGACUUUGAAUGCAUUAGCGUGAGGGAGUGGGCCAGCGGCGGUAACAAACAAACCAGGCAUAACUCCAACGGGAUUUGUCUGUUCGGAUGUUCCAGCGCGGGGACAACAUCAUCAAGGCCUUGAACAUUCGACCGAUAUUCGAUCAGAUCAGUUCCUCACCGCCGAACUCCCGAAGCUCGGCACGAUAAACCCUGAAGCCAUUGUCACCUGAAAACAUUCGCCUUUUUUUUUUGUUAUUCCGAUGCUCGUUCGCAACACUACGUUUUAGUUCGACCUGUCACACAUUGCCGCCGCGCACGUGUGCCACCACUAGUACAGCUUGUUACCGGACCGAACAACGUUUUUUUCGCCACCGUGCGACCCUGGUCCCAAGUGGCUUGGUGUUGUUGCUUGCAAAAAAAACCUCCGACAAACCAAGUCCCCCGGGCUUUAUUAGUGUAUGUCAUCACGCACCCCACAAGAGCCUCCCGUCACUUUGCUGUCAGCAUCUUGAUGGCAGGCGGGGUGACCGGCGUGAACGGCCAAAAGGCGUAGGCUUUGCGCAGUCUCUCCAACAACUUUAAAGGGCAAUUGCGCUUAGCCUUGGCCAGAGGUGUCUUAGCUGGGAUAAAAAAAACACAUAUUCUAUUCUUAUUUCGUUUCCUUGCGCUAGCGUACUGCAACAAUUUUCAUAUAAUUUUUACACCACAAUUUAGGGAGGUUGGCUGAUUUGGACGGCGGCGUCGUGGAGGUUACUCAUAUAUCGGCGUAUCAAGAAAGCUCAUUACCAAAGCUGUAUUUGCUUUUUGUUUCUUGUAUAUAUAGACUGCAUUGCUCUUGUCUUGUUCAUAUGGAGUGGACUUGUCUUUGUGUGGUUGGAGUCUGGGAGCAUAUUAUUGGGUGUGAAUAACAUAGGUUGGGAAUCAUCAACAUUUGAUCAUACUUUUUGAGGCGCUUUUCAGCCCACGCAAACGUUCACAUUUGGCGGAUAGCUGUCCCCGAUGUGUCUUCAUGUUCAUCUCUUGUUUAAUGUUUUACAUGCAUCUAUUUUUUUCUCUCAUAUCACAGCUUGAUGAGCUGGGCGAACGAAAAGUCAUUUCGGCAAGUGAAAGUGAAACUCGGACUGGCGGCAUCAUUGGUGGAGCAUGGAUCGAAUUUUGAGUUUGGCGUGCCCUGUCCUUUUGUCUAACGGUGCAGCAAACAAAACAAAACAAAACUAUGGGACC